AUGGCGAGGGAGAAGAUUCAGAUAAAGAAGAUCGAGAACGCAACGGCGAGGCAAGUGACGUUUUCAAAGAGACGAAGAGGUUUGUUCAAGAAGGCUGAAGAGCUUUCCAUUCUGUGUGAUGCUGAUGUUGCUCUCAUCAUUUUCUCUUCUACUGGGAAACUCUUCGAAUAUUCCAACUUAAGCAUGAGGGAAAUACUUGAAAGGCAUCAUUUGCACUCGAAGAACUUGGCGAAGAUGGAAGAACCAUGUCUCGAGCUGCAGCUAGUUGAAAACAGCAACUGUACGAGAUUGAACAAGGAAAUUGCUGAGAAGAGUCAUCAACUGAGGCAGAUGAGGGGAGAGGAUCUUCAAGGGAUGAAUGUUGAACAAUUGCAACAAUUGGAGAGGUCUCUUGAAAUUGGCUUGGGUCGUGUAAUAGAAAACAAGGGAGAGAAGAUUAUGACGGAGAUUCAAAAUCUCCAAAGAAAGGGAAGACAACUGAUGGAAGAGAAUGAACGACUAAAGCGACAUGUGACGGGCAUGGUGAAUAACGGCAAAAUGGGUGGAGGAGUUGAAUAUGAGAAUGUUGUUAUUGAAGAAGGUCAAUCCUCAGAAUCUGUCACUAAUGUUUACAACUCCACUGGUCCUCCCCAAGACUAUGAGAGUUCAGACACAUCACUCAAAUUAGGGCUUGCAUAUGCCGGAUGA